AACGAGUGGCACAUGCGCAGUGCGGUUUGUGGACAGUAACGAGGAAGCUGAGUGACAGUGUGAACAGUUAACGUCUCUGAGCUCUGCUGCUCUUUGGUUUGGACUCAAGCUUUGCAAUGGCAGUGGACUGGAUUGGAUUUAGCUAUGCUGCAGCCAUCGCUUUUGGAGGAUUUAUGGGAUACAAGAGAAAAGGCAGCGUGAUGUCCCUAAUGGCUGGUUUGGUUUUUGGUGGAUUAUCUGCUUAUGGUGCCUAUAACGUCUCUAAUGACCCAAAGGACAUUAAGGUCUCAUUGCUUUCUGCAGGACUCCUCUCAGUAGUGAUGGGAAUGAGGUACAAGAAAUCUGGAAAAGUACUGCCAGCUGGCAUUAUGUCAGGACUAAGUUUACUCAUGGUGUUUCGACUGUUACUCCUAAUCAUGGUGUGACCGGAGGAACAACGCUGACCAGAGGGGGGAGACUCUGUCCGUCUCUCAACAAACAAUCCUUAUUUUAAAGGAAACAUCAUUCCCAGUUAAGCACACUAUAACAAGUCUUUCUUGUGUUUCGAAUGGGAACACAAGUUUCAUGUGACCAGAAACCUUGGUAAAGCUGCCAGUGAGUGUUCAACAGAUAAGAUUAAUAUGAUAAUAUUAACUCUUGCUGCAGUAAAUCUUUAUGGCAGUCUUAUAUAACACAAAUCUUUUUUUGUGUGUGUGUGAUUUUAUUUUUAUGAUUUGAAAUUUGUGAUUGGUGUUGUUACCACAGAUGUAUUCGCUCACAGUACUGGCAGUAUAACAGAUACACUGCACAUGAACUUUGUGGGUGCUGUUGUUUGUCAUGGGGAAAAAUAAUAAAAUUUAAUAUGGUUGUGUA